CCGGAGCAUAAGUAGGAGGACAAUUACACAUUUACACUACUUUUUACUCUGACAGAAACAAUUCAAACCUGCGUUGAAGAUCCGUCAUUUUCACUCUACUCUUAACUCCUCCUCUCUGCAUCUCUGGUGUGUAUUCGAAGGAAACCUUCCAUCUCUAUCACUAUCUGAAUCUGUAUUUCUCUAUAGUUCAGUUUACAGAUACAGCCAUCCUAGCUCACUAUAGUGUUAAACUCAAAGCGUGCAGAAGAAUCAAACAUGGCACAAUGCUCUUUGCUUUUACCAUCCGCGCCAUGUGACCUCUGACACAUUAUUCUUCUGCUUUCUCGCUCAUCCUAUUAGCUCAUUGGACGAUUUAUUUGAACUUCGCUGGAGAGCUGGGAGCGAUGGCCGCGUCUACGUCAAGAGGACGGAGUAGCUCACCGUCUCAUCACCGGAAGCCGUCGAGUCCGCACUCUUCCUCCUCGUCUUCUUCGUCUUUCAUGAACGGUAGGCUUAUGCCUCGCUCGUGCUCAUCCUCGGUGACUUCGUUCUGCGGCUUAGCUAAUGGGCACAAGUCCAGAUCCAGGACGCCCACACGGAAUCGGAGUGAUUCGGGGUACUCACGAGAAUACGGAAAUCACACACAAGUGCAUUAUCCGUCGGCGGAUGAGCUGCUUGCCGAGCAGGCUGGUACGUCUGGAGCAGGGGAUAGCAUAUCUGUGACGAUCAGGUUUCGGCCAUUGAGUGACCGGGAAUACCACAGAGGGGAUGAGGUUGCCUGGUAUGCAGAUGGUGAUAAAAUUGUACGGAAUGAGUACAAUAUGGCUACUGCUUAUGCAUUCGAUAGAGUGUUUGGGCCUGAUACAAGUACUCAGGAGGUUUAUGAAGUAGCUGCCGGACCAGUGAUCAAGGCUGCAAUGGAAGGGAUAAAUGGGACUGUAUUUGCUUAUGGCGUAACAAGUAGUGGAAAGACGCAUACUAUGCACGGAGAUCAUAGUUCACCUGGAAUAAUUCCACUUGCAAUAAAGGAUGUCUUCAGCAUUAUUCAAGAUACUCCUGGCCGUGAAUUCUUGCUUCGAGUUUCAUAUAUUGAGAUCUACAACGAGGUAAUCAAUGACUUGCUUGACCCCACCGGCCAGAAUUUGCGUGUUAGAGAAGAUGCUCAGGGUACUUACGUGGAGGGUAUAAAGGAGGAAGUUGUUUUGUCUCCGGGUCAUGUACUGUCUUUCAUUGCUGCUGGAGAAGAGCAUCGUCAUGUUGGCUCAAAUAACUAUAAUCUGUUUAGCAGCCGCAGUCACACAAUAUUUUCACUUAUGAUUGAAAGUAGUGCACAUGGAGAUGACUAUGAUGGAGUGAUAUUUUCUCAACUUAACUUAAUUGAUUUAGCUGGAUCAGAGAGCUCAAAAACGGAAACAACUGGAUUGAGAAGAAAGGAAGGAUCUUACAUAAACAAAAGUCUUUUGACUCUUGGAACUGUUAUUGGAAAGUUAAGUGAAGGAAAGGCAUCCCAUAUUCCAUAUCGAGACUCAAAGCUUACACGCCUUUUACAGUCUUCCUUGAGUGGGCAUGGACAUGUUUCUCUCAUAUGCACAGUUACUCCUGCAUCAAGCAAUAUGGAGGAAACACACAACACUUUAAAAUUUGCGAACAGGGCUAAAUGUGUUGAAAUAUAUGCCUCACGCAAUAAGAUUAUUGAUGAGAAGUCAUUGAUUAAAAAGUAUCAAAAAGAAAUAUCAUGUCUCAAACAAGAACUUGAUCAGCUGAGAAGGGGAAUGCUUGUCGGUGUGAGUCAUGAAGAAAUCAUGAGCUUAAGGCAACAGUUGGAAGAAGGACAAGUUAAAAUGCAAUCAAGACUGGAGGAGGAGGAGGAGGCCAAAGCUGCUCUAAUGAGUAGAAUUCAGAGGCUUACCAAGCUAAUACUUGUUUCUUCAAAGAAUUCGAUUCCUGGAUAUUUGGGUGAUGUCUCCAGUGCUCAUCAACAAUAUCAUUCUCCUUUAGAAGAUGAUAAGUUGGAUGGUUUGCAUGAGGGUCCUUUGCUCAUAGACUGUGAGAAUCAGACAGACCCCUCAUCGGAUACUUCUGGAUUUAAACACAGAAGAUCUUCCAGCAAGUGGAAUGAUGAUAUCUCACAAGCUGGGAGUACAAUUACAGAAUCAACUCAAGCUGGUGAACUUUUUAGUGUUUCAUCACAUGGUCCGAAACUGCCCAUUGAAGGGAUCAGCAUGGCAGAUCAGAUGGACCUUCUAGUUGAGCAAGUCAAGAUGCUUGCUGGGGAGAUUGCAUUUGGCACUAGCACAUUGAAACGCUUAAAGGAGCAGUCUGUAAAUGAUCCCGAAAACUCGAAAAGUCAAGUUGUAGCUCUUGAACGUGAAAUUCAAGAAAAGAGAAUGCAAAUGAGGAUUUUUGAACAACGCAUUGUGGAAAGUGGGGAAGCAUCUAGUGGUAGUGCAUCAGUGGUUGAAAUGCAAAAGACAUUGAUGAAGUUGACAGCUCAAUGUAGUGAAAAGGGUUUUGAGCUUGAGAUAAAAUCAGCAGACAAUCGUAUCCUUCAAGAGCAGUUGGAGAGAAAGUGCAUAGAGAACAACGAACUGAUAGAAAAAAUCAGUCAACUGGAGCUGCAGUUAGCUGCAGUCAAGAAUGACAAGAUGCCCCCUUCUGAAAAAUGCUUUUCAGAUGACUACACUGAUGAACUGAGAAAGAAAAUUCAAACUAAGGAAAUUGAGAAUGAAAUGUUAAAGCUAGAACAUGUUCAAAUUGUAGAGGAGAACAGUGGUUUGCAUGUACAGAACCAGAAGUUGUCGGAAGAAUCAUCUUAUGCAAAGGAAUUAGCAUCUGCUGCUGCAGUUGAAUUGAAGAACUUAGCUGAAGAAGUCACCAAGCUUUCACUACAGAAUGCAAAACUUGAAAAAGAAUUAUCCGGAGCUUCUCGAGAGUUGUUGAGUUCCAGGAGUUUUAAUAUGCCGUCUGUUAAUGGGGGAAACCGCAAGUACGGAGACAGUGCAAGGACAGGUCGUAGAAUCCGCACAAGUGGCCGAGGAACAAGCGAAGUUAGCCUUGAUGAAUUUGAUUCAUGGAAUCUGGACACUGAAGAUCUAAAGAGGGAAUUGCAGGCAAGGAAACAGCGAGAGGCUGCUUUAGAGUCUGCAUUGGCUGAGAAGGAGACUAUAGAAGAUGAGUAUAGGAGAAAGUUUGAUGAGGCAAAGAAAAGAGAGGCUUCUCUGGAAAAUGAUUUGGCUAGUAUGUGGGUGCUAGUAGCUCGACUUAAGAAGGAAAAUGGUGCCGGACAAGAGGGGAAGAUCAAUGAUGUUCAGAAUGGGUUGGACCGUAUAAAUGAUCCAAAAGUUAAUGAAGUUGAAUUCAAGCAUCCUUUCUUGAAUGAUACCCAACCCAUUGCAUAUACAGCUCCCCCAUCUGAGAACCCAACCGAAGAACCUCUUGUUGCCCGCUUGAAGGCUAGAAUGCAAGAGAUGAAGGAGAAGGAGCACAGGUAUAUGGGGAGUGGGGAUGCAAAUUCGCAUGUAUGCAAAGUGUGUUUUGAAUCUCCUUCAGCUGCAAUGCUCCUUCCUUGCCGUCAUUUUUGCUUGUGCACGUCAUGUUCCCUUGCUUGUGCUGAGUGUCCGCUUUGCCGGGCAAAGAUUACCGAUAGGAUAUUAGCUUUUACUUGAAAAGAGUUAUAUUACUAGUCACAUUUCAUUCAGAGAGUGAGGGGGAUUCUUCCUUAACAUUUAUGUGGUACAGGCGUACAGCAUGCAAUUCUUUGAUUAGUUGAAACACUUGAAUAGUACUACGUAACUUGGAGACGUGUUUCUACUUUUAUUUAUGUAUUUCUCCACCCCACCAUAAGCAACUGUAAAAUAAGAAACCGUGUAAAUGAGGAAGUGAAGAGAGGGAAGAGAGUUGAGUUUGGCAUGUGAAAUGGUGUUUGCCAUCUCAACAACAUUUCAACAAAAAGAGCAAGUCCAAGUUUUGGGGAAUGGCCA